AUGUUGUCAAGAGCAGCGGUUUGCACCCCUAGUGUUUCCAAUAUUGUCGUGAGAUGUUGUAGUCAAGGGGCUGGUCAGAACCAGAGCUCGUCUUCUACUCCAUCGUCGGCUUCAGUUAAUGCUAACGUUCCUGGCCUAAGCAGUGCAGUUAUACAUAAUGCAUCUGAACCUCUGGGACCAGGAGUAGACCCCAACAAGUCUGGACCCUACAAAGUUCCAGAAUAUUUCUGCUAUGAUAACAUGAGCUAUUUCGAGGCUGAAAUAGAAAUGUCCAAGUACAGAUGCCCUCAACCGUCAGCUCUUAAAAAGUAG